AAAAAUUCCGAUUUACUUGAGAAUGGAUACGAUGCCAAAACUGUUUUAUGGGCUAGGUUUUUGCAGUGUCUUGGUAAUAAAAGAAAGCAAAAACACAUAAUAAAGUGUGCAGAGAAAAUGAAAGACCUUGGCCAAACUAAAAGUUGUACCAAACCAGGUUUUCUAGUCUUGACACAUGUUCUAUCAGCAGUGAUUGGAUCUGGAAUCUUAUAUUGUGCACUCUUCAUGAGAAAAUUAAAACGCACUCUGAACAAUAAAAACAAAGAAGAAAGAAACAGGAGCAACAACUAUCUAUUUUUAAAUCAAAAGGGUGAUUCAACAGAAAAGAUUUCACGAAUCAAUCACCAUGAUGAAGGCGUCUAUUGUGAAGUAACAGAAAAACCCCGAUCAUUUCCUUUUCAUACCGAUACCUUUAUUGACCAUUCUGCACUUAAGGGCCCGAAAAUCGCCAGACUUCCAGAUAUUCCACAGCAGUUGAAAGAUAACGAUGAAUACUUGACCCCUCUUAAUAAAUCUCCGCCAUAUGAAUCUCUAAUUUGGUCGGGAUCGGCUGUAACACAAGCGACUUCCAUGGUCGAAGAGGAAACAUGGUCAAAGGGCAGUAAAAAUAAAAUUGAUAUCUUGAAUGAAGUCGAUGAAAUUAACAAUACUCUUGAUCCAGAGUUGCCUCAUCAAUAUGCUGUUCUCGAGAAAAGCUCGGAGAUGGACCUUAAGUAACAUGAACUUUUUGCACGUAAUCCUUAAUACGUUUAGUAUAAGUGCGAUAAUAUUGUAAUAGAAAUAUAACUCAAUCAAUCAGUUCAGCAAUCAAAACAAAAACAAAAAAAAA